AGUUGAAAAAAGAAGAGAAGCCGAAAAAGGUGAAGAAGAAGGGACUGAUGGCUACAUGGGAAGAUUUGGAAAAUGACUCAGAUGAUGAUGAUGAAGAGUCUGAGACUAAAUCACAGCACUGUCUCAUGGCAAAUGAGAUAGAUCAGGUUUGCCUAGCAUCCAAGAAAAAGGAAAAUAUGUGGUACAUGGAUAGCGGAUGCUCUAGGCAUAUGACCGGAAAGACAACCUUCUUCAUAAAGCUUGAUGAAUAUGAUGGAGGACUUGUUACCUUUGGUGAUGAUGCAAAAGAAAAAAUAGUGGCUGUUGGGAAAGUUGGUAAAAACUUCUCUUCUUGUAUAAAUGAUGUGCUUCUUGUAAAUGGUUUGAAACAUAACUUACUUAGUGUUAGUCAAUUGUGUGAUUUAGGUUUUGAUGUUAUCUUUAAGAAGUUUGGACGAGAUAAAAAGAAAUGGCACAAUGGAAGAGCUGUGGUCUAG